AUGGAUUUUAUUAGUUCGACAACAAUGAAUCACGUCGCAAAUGAGACUCGGCUCUCACAAGCGUACCUUUUCGAGCACGUGAUAAAAGGCCUAAGAGGCGAUGGACAAUAUGUCAUGCCGAGCCAGGACACUAUUGUUGAAGCGAUGAUGGUUGUUUGUAGUGGAAAAGUCGAUAAGAGCGCCUUGUGGGAUGAGGCGUGGACAGGUGGGGCAAAGACUCAGAGGAAGAUGGACGAGGAGCAAGUUCCGAGACUCAUUGACGAGGCUUAUGAGAAAGGCGCCAAAGAGCAACAUGAUAAGGACUUAGCUUUGAUGAACGAAAACUUCAAAGAGUACGAUGAUAAGAUACAGACUCUGCGAGAUCAAGUGAAGGCAAACGAGAGCACUAUAGACUCACAGAAAAGUGAGAUCACCUGUCUGCAGACCCAAAAUGGGAAUCUUCGUAAUUUCGUCAACCAGGAGCGCGUUGAAAAGGAACUGAUCCUCGAGCGUGUCAAAAAUCAGGAACAGAAUGAAACUGAACACCUUGCCCUAUCCUACAAAGUUGCACAGAACAACCAGACAUUCAAUAGAGAGAUACGAAAGAGGCAGGAGAGAGAAAGAGAAUGCACCAUCCGUGCAUUCAAGCAGUACAAUGAGUUCUGGCAGCAGAAAGUGGCCGCCCUCAAUGAGCAGAUCGACAGUCACAUUUGUGACCAUGAGCCCUGCGAGCGGAAAGUGCUCUCCUUGAUCGACCAAAUUAGCAAUCACACGUGUGAUCAUCAAUCCUGUGAGCAGAAAGUGUCCUCCUUGACUGCGCAGAUCAACAAUCACACUUGUGAUCACGAGCCCUGCCGGCAGGAAGUGCUCUCCUUGAACAACCAGAUCAACAAUCACAAUUGUGAUCAUGAUGCAUGCAUCAAGUGCUGUGACAACCUUUCCAACCAGCUCGCCGCAGAACAGUGCACCAGGAACGACCAAGCUCAGGAAGAGCAACGCCUACAGGCGGAGAUCUCAAGGCUGCAUGCAGAAAUCAACGAACUGUCGAAGAGCGCCGGGCGAAUCAAGGAGAACCGUAAAACAAUGAAUCAGCACGUCAAAGAAGAGCUGGAUGCCUUGCAAAAUGUUGAAUUCGAGAAUAAACGGCUACAAGGGAACAAUCUACAAUUAUGUCAAGAGCUUCGAGAGGCAAAGGAAGAAAUCGAGCAUCUUAGGACACAGACUGAAGCAUAUGUCAAACAGUUGGUCAGCCAGAUAAAGACAGAUGAUAUGAUAGAGCAAAUGUCUGGUAUGAAGACAUGA